AAAACAAAGAAAAGAGGGAACACCGGAUGUCCUAUUGCUCGAGUAGUUGAGCUUCUAAAAUUAGCAAUUGUAGGGUUUUACGUUCACUACACGCGCAGAGAAAUGAAGCUAGCAGGGCUGAAAUCCGUGGAGAAUGCGCACGACGACUCGGUGUGGGCCGCCGCGUGGGUGCCGGCGACGGAGGCGAGGGCGGCGAGGCUGCUCACGGGGUCGCUGGACGAGACCGUGCGCCUGUGGAAGUCCGACGAGCUCGUCCUCGAACGCACUAACACCGGCCACUGCCUCGGCGUCGUCUCCCUCGCCGCCCACCCCGCCGGUGAGAUCGCCGCUUCGGCCUCUCUUGACAGCUUCGUGCGAGUAUUUCAUGUUGAUUCCAACGAGACCCUAGCCACCCUCGAGGCGCCCCCAUCUGAAGUCUGGAAAAUGCAGUUUGAUCCUCAGGGUACUGCUCUUGCAGUUGCUGGUGGUAGUAGUGCAUCGGUGAAGAUAUGGGACAUCAAAACAUGGCAACUAAUUGCUACCCUCUCAAUCCCUCGCCCUGAGGUGUCCAAGCCUGCUGAUAAAAGUGGAAGCAAGAAGUUUGUCCUGUCUGUUGCUUGGAGCCCCGAUGGAAGACGAUUGGCUUGUGGCUCUAUGGAUGGCACAAUUUCAAUAUUUGAUGUAACACGUGCCAAAUUCUUACACCACCUGGAAGGCCACUUCAUGCCUGUGCGGUCUCUGGUGUAUUCCCCAAGUGAUCCCCGGUUACUAUUUUCUGCCUCAGAUGAUGCCCACAUUCACAUGUACGAUGCUGAAGGGAAGAGCCUUGUUGGAGCCAUGUCAGGUCAUGUGAACUGGGUUUUGAGUGUGGAUGUGAGCCCAGAUGGAGCAGCAAUUGCGACCGGCUCAAGUGACCGAACCGUGAGGCUUUGGGAUCUUAAAAAUAGGUUGGCUUUACAGACGAUGAGCAACCAUACUGAACAGGUGUGGGAAGUGGCUUUCCAACCAACAGGCAGUGCUGGUUUUCGAGCUGGUAGGCUUGCUAGUGUCUCAGAUGACAAGAGUAUAUCAUUGUAUGAUUACUCUUGACAGUGGGUAUUGGUCUCUCUCUCUCUCUCUCUCUCUCUCUCUCAACCGCAAAAGGAGUUUGAUUCAAAGUGUUAUCACAAUCCAUCUGAAGUAAAUAUUUGUUUUGGUAUUUACUUGGAAGGUUUUUAUAGGCUUCAACUGUGCUGAGUUUUUACUAUUAUUAAUGAACCUGUACACUUCUCAUUGUACUGUGCAAAUACAUAGUCUCACCUACAUGGACUCCAUAUGAGGUGAUCCUGAUUGAUCUCUGGAGGCCAGUUCUUGGGUUCUCUUUUGUGAUGGGAGAAAUGCUCACAUUUUCAGUUA